CAAUUUUUAAGUAGACAAAAAAAAAAUACACACACUCUCUUUCUCUUUCUUUUCUAAUUUAUAAAUAUUAACCAUGUUAAAUGACAAGAAACAACUUAUUGGACCUGCAGAAGAAGAAAUCAGAACUUUAUUAUCACAAUCUGGAGAUCCUUUAGAAGCUAUUAAAGCCAUACAAAAAGAUUAUGGACUUGAUCUACCUGACAUUGAAAACAUUUAUCCUUUAUUAGAAUUAUGCGGAUACAGUCGAUUAGAAAUUCAUAAAGCAUGUUUGGAUGCAUUAAAUAAAGCGGUUGUUGAACAGAUUGAAAAACCUACAUUUCAACUUGAAAAUUUUUAUGAUUUAUUUAAAAGAACUGUUCCAUAUAUUCAUGCACCACUUAUGCAGCCUAUUCCCAUGGCAUUAUUAAAGAAAUUUGAACGCCACAUUGAAGAUGACGUGAUUGAACAAUUAAAAAAUAAUAUGGCAGUAUUUGAAAAUUGUCCAAUGAAUAUUAAACAACGCGUUUGGAAACAAGAUGAAUCAUAUUUUCAACAGACCAUGAUUUCAUUGGUUAAUAGUUAUCACCAUGAUGAAGGUUUGCAAAGUUUAGCUUUAAAUAUUAAGCCUGAUAAUUAUCAAGAAAUAAUUGAACAAAGACGUCAACAUCCAAUUAUAGAGAAAGUGAUGGCCAUCAUCAAUCAAGAUCCACAAAUUUAUGAAAUGUUUAUAAAAAUGAUUCGUAUUGUGUUUGAAGCAACUCCUCAUCCUAGCUUAUGUUCUUUGCGUGUAGAUAUAUUAAUGAAUUUUCAUGAGAACAAUUGUCAUCAGAUUACUGAUUUAGAUCCUUGUCAUCAACUGAUUUUUAUUUUGGAUACUUGUGUACGUAAUCAAAACAUGGAUGAAACAAUUACAGAGAGAAUUAAAGAAUGUUUUGAUGAUGUUGAGAAUGGAUCUACUCUUUAUGCUGAUUUUGCCAUGAUUUUGAUGGAGCCUAUGAUUUCAAACUUUUUAGCUUCCAUGAUUGUCAAAUUAUUGAAAAGUACUUUAUUAGAAAAGAUCCCACAAUCACAGAGCCCCACAAGGAAGCUGGUGAGUUAUAUCAGUAAAUUGCUUAAUCUUGCUCAACAUGCUCCUGUAGCUAUUCCAAACCACACAAAGAUUCCAAAAUUAGAAAAAGAGUUGAAGGAAAACUUUUGGGAUACAAUGUGUGCCAUGAUGUUAGAAAAAGGACCUGAUACACUCUAUUCUAACGGAGAAAAGAUACAAAAUACUAUGAUUUACCUAUUACAAAAAAGCGAUAUUGCAAGAAAAGUAUUUACAAGCUAUCUUAUCGAUUGUAUACGAGAAGGCAAUAUUUAUAGUUUGAGUCGAUACCUACCUUUUAUAUUAGAAACAUGGCCAGCCCCCGACUUUGAAGAAGAAGGAGUCAUCUAUCGACAAACUUAUUUAGGCUUUGUGAAGACAAUGAUUGAUGUACUAUCUAAAAGUCAUGCAGUAGAAUGUAUCACGGAUGAGAGAUGGAAACAAGGCGUCAUUAUUCAUUUCUUAUUUAAAGUGGUUAGUUGGGAUUGGAUGAUUCAUGAACAAAUGGUUCGUUUCCUGGCAGAAUAUUAUAUCGAUUCAAAGUCAUUGAAUAGAAUUGGUAAUCAAGUGACAAUCAUCACUGAAUGGGCAGAAUACAUGAUUAUUAAUGGUUUUAAAGAUGAAAAGCACUUACAAAAGUUGAAGGAUGUAUAUGGUUAUUUAAUAACAAGAUCUAAUAGCAUAUUGAAUGGCGAUUACCGAAUUAAUUCUCCUAUACUUAUUCGUUUCCUUUCUUCAUAAUAAAGUUAGUAAUAAUGGCUAAUGAAUAAUUUUUUAUGGGGAUGAGAAGUAAAUAAAGAACUUAAAGGGCAGUUUUAUAACAUGUAUAUUAAUUCUCAAAGAACAGCGAAAGUAAUAAUCAUUUUGCAUGCUUCAAGUGGCACCCUACUUGGAGGCAGUAACUCGAAAAAAAAAAAGCUAUGUCAUCUAGCGAAAGAACACACUAAAGUUUAUUAAAGAAAAGCAGUAGCCGAGAGUAACAUUUUAGGCAACAGAUUUUGGGUAGAGGGGGAGGGGAUGGUUAAACUUCAAUAACCGUUUAAAGAUCUUUAUAUACUUGAUCGACAUUCUUUCUUUUUUUUUUUUUUUUUUUU